GCUUUCUCUCACUGCUUUCUGAUGCUGACACGCUCUGUGCCCAGCUGCCUCUGUCUCCCACCGCCAGGCCUACCUCUCUGCUGGUGGGAUGCAUUCUUAUGAACCAUGAGCCAGAACACCCGCCCCCUUUCCUAACUUUCAUGCUUUGUUUUGUUGUUGCGACAAGAACGUAGCCCUGAAAUUGCAAGGAAAGGCGCUCUCCUGUGUUCCAACCUGGUCACGUGGCCUGCAGGCCUUAGGUGUGCAGGAGGGAUGGAUGAGUUUGCAGCCACCAGCUAUGAAAGCCCUCAGAUGCGCAGUACCCAGUGGGCACACUUGGUUGGAGUUUGAAACAUGAGAAAGCUGAGAGAAAUGCAGAUGGUGGAAGCCUGCCUCUGGAGCUUCCAGGAGGAAGCAAGGGCCCUCCUGGGAACAGGGCUGGAGAGCAUCCAUGGUCCGUCCUGGUAGUUCCUAGGCAUUCUGCUCAUACCAUGAAGGUCGAGUGAGGACAAGUUAAAAAGGAAUUUGUUUUGGUGUUUUGGCGAAAUUGUUUGGAAAUUUGGAGACAGCAUGACAUCUAGGCUGCCUCGUGGUUACCGCUCCGCUCACUGAUCUUAGACACACAGUGGCGGAAAGACGCGAAGCAGAGGUUCACAGCCUGGACCACAGGGUCACAAGCAGCUACGUUUGUGAAAGGGAUGAGAAGAAGCUCUGUUCUUUUUCACUCGGAUGGGCAACGAGGAAGAUGUCCUGCAGACCAUUUAUCCAUCCAAGGCUCCGCUUGGAAGAAAUGCAGAUUCAGUUGGGAGGAGAGAGCCCCUGCUGCUUAAGACAACCACUUGUGGAACUGUUUUCCCAAGUUUGGUUGCCCAGGGGCACAGUGACCACCACAGCUGUGGAUGGAAGGAGCCGGACUACUUGGACUCGCAGUAGAAUUAGAACUGUCCUUUUGGAUUUCCAGGCAUCCAAAGUGUAAGAAGAACAGGCUGCCAACUCCAAUGCCAAGGCUUUAGGAAGCUGCUGAGAUCAGACAAGUCAGGUGUAUCUCCUGGCGAGCCUGUGCCCUGCCCUUUGCACUGAUGUCCGGGGCCAUUCCCCAGCCCCCUUCGAUGAAGGGAGCUAUAGGAGACUGGAUGCCAGCAUUUCACGAUUCUCUGCUUCCUGACUGCAAACACAAUGUGCCUAACCACCUCACACUCUUGCCAACAUGUUGGUUGGACUGCCGUGCAAAGUUUCUCUGAAGGCAGGCCUGUCUGUAGUCUGUAUUUGAACAAUAUGGAGGCUGAUCUGUCUGGCUUUAACAUUGACGCUCCCCGCUGGGACCAGUGCUCUUUCCUCGGACGUGUGAAGCACUUUUUCAAUAUCACGGAUCCUCGCACUGUCUUUGCAUCUGAGCAGGAGCUGGACUGGGCCAAGGUGGUGGUGGAGAGGAGCAGGAUGGGACUUGUGCCGCCUGGCACUCAGGUGGAGCAGCUGCUGUAUGCUAAGAAGCUUUAUGACUCCGCCUUCCACCCUGACACUGGGGAGAAGAUGAAUGUCAUCGGGCGGAUGUCCUUUCAGGUCCCUGGUGGCAUGAUCAUCACUGGCUUCAUGCUCCAGUUCUACAGGACAAUGCCUGCGGUAAUCUUCUGGCAGUGGGUGAACCAGUCCUUUAAUGCCUUGGUCAACUACACCAACAGGAAUGCAGCUUCCCCAACGUCAGUCAGGCAGAUGGCCCUCUCCUACUUCACAGCUACUACCACUGCCGUGGCCACUGCAGUGGGGAUGAACAUGUGGACAAAGAGAGCUCCACCCUUGGUGGGCCGAUGGGUGCCUUUUGCUGCUGUGGCUGCCGCUAACUGUGUCAAUAUCCCAAUGAUGCGACAGCAGGAACUCAUCCAGGGCAUCUGUGUGAAGGACAGGAACCAAAAUGAGCUUGGCCAUUCUCAGAGAGCUGCGGCUGUGGGCAUCACACAAGUGGUUAUUUCUCGGAUCACCAUGGCAGCCCCUGGCAUGAUCCUGUUGCCAGUCAUCAUGGAGAGGCUGGAGAGACUACCCCUGAUGAAGAAGGUGAAAGUGCUGCACGCUCCGCUGCAGGUCUUGCUGUGUGGUUGCUUCCUCCUCUUCAUGGUGCCAGUGGCCUGUGGACUCUUCCCUCAGGAAUGCGAAUUACCAGUUUCCUAUCUAGAGCCCGAGCUACGGGACACCAUCAAGGCCAAGUAUGGAGAACAGGUCCUCUUCGUCUACUUUAAUAAGGGUCUCUGAGUGCUCCGUGCCUACAGGGACCGUUGCGUACGCCGUGUGGACCACCUUUCCCUGGCAGCUGUGCAUACCUGUGUCUACAUUCCUCUUUGCA